AUGCCCAGCAAUCCAAUCGCCCACCAUGCGGGGACCAUCAGAGGCAACGUGCUGCCUGUGCUACCCUUCCUCGCCCCUCGCGCUUUCAAGAGAGCCCUGCCGCCCCAGCACAUGCGGCGAUGGAUGACCGCCGCUGUCGCUUCGAACCAUCAUCGCCCUGGCCCGCCGAGAACAGCGCGCUUCGCAAGCGCAAGCGAUGGGGAGGAGCGCCUGUGCCGACAGUGCGCCAUCGACCGCGGCAGCCCGAGCUCCCACGCCCCUCCACAGAGGAUUCCACGACAACCCUUUGCGACCUUCGCCUCUCGUGCGCUCUUCGCUCCUUCUCCUCCACGACCGCGGUGCCACAGGGCAUGGAUAUCCUCUCGCCGCCCGGAAACUCGCUUCUACUCCACGUCCGAGGAGGACUAUUUGGUUGAGGAGGAUGAGGAAAGGGCUGUCCUGGAGGGAACCCAAUCUGAUGGGUUGCCAUUGGAAGACGCGCAGUUCUACACCCUGAUGAAUGCAGAAUUCAGAGAACUGCGCCGGCUAGACUUUUUGAUAACUUUGCAGGGAGUCACACCUACUGAGGAUGUCGAGCGGCUUCUCAAGAGGGCUGCCGCCUGGCCUCUCCUUGAUGGAUUCCCGCAACAGGAUGUAUGGUGGAUCAAAAAGUUCGCCCAGCUCAAUGCCAUCCAUGAUGUCAGGCUACCUGUGGAUCUUCGAACGUCUCGGCUGGAAGUCAACGCCUUCACAGAACAGGCUGUGAAGAAACUUCUCUGUCUUGGGCGAGAUGCGGCUUCUAUCAGACAAGCUUGGGCAUCUAGCAUGCGUAUGGACUAUUCUCCGGAAGGAAAAAGAAACAUUUGGUGCGAGAUGAUGCUCUGGCUGCUCGACAAUGAUCAAGGCGCGGUGCUGCCAACCCUGGAAGCCACGGGCAGAGGCCGGAAAGCACCUGACUAUGUCAUUGCUGAUAUUCUGGAACAGUUCAUGAGCAACCACCUCCAAGGGGCCGAAAGUGGCGAGCUCAGGAUGCCCUCUGGAUUCCUUUCCGUGCUGGCAAUUCUCCUCAAACAGAGACCCUUCCUCGGCCACACGCUCUCUCAGAAACUCGUGCAUCUGACUUUGGCUCACAGCUCUCUUGAGCAAGGCACCAUGUUCUGGGACCUGCUCCAGGCGGCCCGUUUUAGGGCCUCGUGGCACACACUAUACCAAGUUGCCUAUUUCUUUGGUAAACACGGGGAGUACAACAAGGCCCUGGCAAUAUUACGAAGGCCCAUCGAGCUUGGAGCGCCUCCCACGCACCCUGCUUUUCUGGCUACUUGUGCGCAGAUACUUCGAAACAGUGCUGCUAAAGCAGAAGCCUACAGUGCCACCGCCAAAAUUUUGUCGGAACUUGUCGGCAUGGGUGUCUCCUUCAACAUAUACCUCUACACCGUGACCAUGCACAACGCGGUUGAUCACGGCGAUUUGCAGUCGGCGUUAACCGUAUACCGGCUCAUGCAGCAUAACGGGGUCGAGCCGAACGACUAUACGUACACUGUUUUGUUGAAGGGCCUCAAAGACAACGCAGCCCCGGAGCUGCUUCAGUCUGUUAUGAGAGACGCAGAGCGAAGUCUACCAAAACUCGAGAGGCCCCGGAUCGUUGCUACCGAUAUCCUCCACUGUGUCUAUCUCCAGCAUUGCGAGCCGGCCUGUACAGAGGUCACUUUCGCCGAUUUGGCUAGGAUCUACCGCGGAUACUUCAACCCGUCAGCUCUGAUCAAAUUGGGCGUGCCCACUCGAUUUUUCGGCGACCCUAAAGCCACUGAGCGAACCGGCAUGAAACCUCCUCCCGCAGCUAUCGGCAUCAUGCUGGCAGCUUACCUGAAACUGGUCUCUGCAUAUGACCCGGAGGAGGUUGGCCGCCUUUAUCGUGUUUUCUACGACCAGAUCGAACACUCUGGCGAUCACGGCCUCGCGCCACUUGGACAGACCGAUUAUUUCUUCAACGCCUUCAUCCUCGCACUGGGUCAAAAUGCCAGCACUCUCCCCAUGAUACCCGAGGUUUUGUGGCGUAUGAGUGACUCGCGCCUCCUUGCCAAGCCACUCACCUCCAAGUAUACGUGGGACAUUCUGGUUAAUGCGUUCAUGCGGCACAAUCAACCCGAAGCUGCGGAACGCGUGCUGGAAAUCAUGGACAAGUACGGUCAGCAGCCAAACGACGUCACCUGGAACUCGUUCGUUCGAUGGUACGCUCGACGAAAAGAUGUCGAACGUGUUUUGGAUACCAUACGACGUAUGCAGCUCCAACGGGUUGAGCUGAGCGUCAUGUCCUUGCGUGCUCUUGGUAGAUUGAAGGAUCGUGACAAGCUGGCCAAGGGCCUACGGGAGCUCGACGAACUGCGACACAGGCAAGCUGACGAAGAGGCGGAUUACCUUGUCCCGGAUGACUAUCGGGAGGAAACAUCGGCCUGGCAGAAUAUCGAUGAGGAGAUUGAGGAUGUCGCCAAAGAAGACGCGGACCCAGCCACCGUAUUGGGAAAACGGCACGAUAGUCGGUGA